CACUAUAAUACGAAUCUCCACUCUCCUGUCCUCAUUCCCAGUUCUCUCUGUGUGAAUGCCUCUCUGACUUUCUAUGGCAACUCCUCCCCACUUUUGAGUUUGUGUUCUCUCGAACAAGGAGGAGUUAGAACUAGUUACAAUGUCUGGCUACUCCUUCUUAAACGACCAGCUCUCCCGCCGCACCUCCAUUUUCGGGUUGCACCUCUGGGUUGUUCUCGGAAUCUGCGUCGGCGCAGCCAUAGUUCUUGUUCUGUUUCUCAUCUCUCUCUGGUUCACUUCUCGCCGCAACACUACUUCUUCGAGUCCAAAGCCAACCCAGAACUCAACUAUCCCAAAUGUCUUCAAGGAGAUCCAGGAAAUCCGAAUCGACUGUGCUCGGACCACGACCAACCCGCCGGACCCGAAGCCGGCCCAGAUCCCUGACCCGGUGCCGGAGUCUGAUCCCUUGACCAGGGCGCAGGCGGUGCUGCUUCAGCCGGAGGAGGAGAGCCCGGUGAGUACUGGGAGGCAGAGAAUUCACAUUGAGAUUGGGAAGGAUCAUCGGAUUUCGUACCCGGAAAAAGGAGGUGGGUCGUCGUACGGGAGCGGCGAGACUCGCUCCGGCGACCAGGGGGGCAUUGCUGGGCCGGAGGUGUCGCAUUUGGGGUGGGGGCAUUGGUAUACUCUGAGAGAGCUUGAGGAUGCUACUAAUGGGUUUGCUGACGAAAAUGUUAUUGGUGAAGGUGGGUAUGGGAUUGUGUAUAGAGGUGUGUUGGAGGAUCUCUCAAUGGUUGCUGUUAAGAAUUUGAUGAAUAACAAGGGACAGGCUGAGAAGGAGUUUAAGGUUGAAGUUGAAGCAAUUGGUCGUGUUCGUCAUAAGAAUUUAGUAAGGUUGCUUGGCUACUGUGCUGAAGGUGCUCACAGAAUGCUUGUGUAUGAGUAUGUUGACAAUGGGAACCUGGAACAAUGGCUUCAUGGAGAUGUCGGGCCUCUCAGCCCUCUUACAUGGGAGAAUCGUAUGAAUAUAAUACUUGGGACAGCAAAAGGGUUGGCAUACUUGCAUGAGGGACUAGAGCCCAAGGUUGUUCAUCGUGAUAUCAAGUCCAGCAACAUCUUGCUUGAUAAGCAGUGGAAUUCAAAAGUAUCCGACUUUGGCCUAGCAAAGCUUCUUGGCUCAGAAAGGAGUUAUGUGACAACUCGUGUGAUGGGAACAUUUGGAUAUGUAGCUCCAGAAUAUGCUAGUACUGGCAUGUUGAAUGAGAGAAGUGACGUUUAUAGUUUUGGGAUUCUCAUAAUGGAGAUAAUUUCAGGUAGAAACCCAGUAGACUACGGCAGGCCUGCAGGAGAGGUGAACCUAGUUGAAUGGCUUAAAACAAUGGUUACCAAUCGGAAUGCCGAGGGAGUUUUAGAUCCGAGGCUGUCAGAGAAGCCUUCUUCCAGGGCAUUGAAGCGCGCUCUUCUUGUUGCAUUACGUUGUGUGGACCCAAAUGCUCAGAAGAGGCCGAAAAUGGGGCAUGUGGUGCAUAUGCUUGAAGCUGAUGAGUUCCCAUUCCGUGAUGACCGCAGGCCAGGAAGAGAAUAUGGACGCUCACCACGUGAUGCUGCAAAGCGUGUUAUGGAGUCAGGUGAUAGUAGCGGAUAUGACAGUGGUGCCCAAACUAACAUAUCAGUAUGGAGAAAGCAAGAAGUUGAAGAAGUGAAUUAGCCGCCUACCAGUUACCAGCUUCAUGUGUAAGGUGAAAUGACACACCUUGUUUUACUCAUGUGCCCAUGUCUAGAUCUAGAUCAACCGUUAUUUACUUUCCUGUAUAGUAGCUAGUCAUGUCAAUAUGAGUUUGGAGUCCAGCAUUUUGUUCUCUUCUCUUGAUGUAAUUGGAAUAACUAGAAUUCCAUUCUGCUUUUUCCCACUGGCUGUUGUAUAACUAUCUCAGUAUAAAUAGAUCAUUUCACUUCUCUGUG